AUGCGUUUCAUUCCUCUCUUCAUUUGGUCCGCCAUGGCCAUGGUCGGGGCUGCGAUUGCGAUUCCAGUCUGUCCUUCUUGCUCCGCCAAUCCCAGAUCUACGGCAUCCCGGCUUUCAAGUGCACUUCCUUCUCCGACUCCAAGCGUCCCACCUCCGGUUGCCAUACCGUCUGCAAACCCUAACCUCAGAAACGUCCCAAUCGCAGAUCUAGUGGAAGCCGUUGUCCAGAAGCUUCCGAUCGACUUUGAUUUCUCUACUCUUCCUAGUGGGCUUUCAGGUCUAACGGAGGUGAAAUUAGGCAAGCUUCUGACCUGCGUCACCGAAGACCUUGGUCUUGAUAUUAGUGAUGGUGGAAGUGGCUCGAGCUGGAGCUAA